AGGGGGAACCCGCCCUUAGCAGUGCUGACGAGUUCGCUCAAUUGCAUUCCGAUGAUCCUCGUUUCCAAUAUAUUUAAUCACCUCUUUCAUUCUAGAGCUGCACGACGUACCUACCACUCAGGCACUGUGUUCGCUCCUGGUCAGACGACACAGUCAUGAUACUCCUCCAUUCGCAGGCUCUGGUAUGUGACGCCCGUCCAGACUUUCCCCUCCGUAUCGCAGUAAAGCGAUACUGGGAGCCGCGCAUCUCCUCUGAAGAUCCGGAUGCGCUCACACUCAUCUUGGCUCACGGCGCGGGCCACCACAAGGAACAUUGGGAACCGGUGAUUGAGUCUUUGUACAGACUCUCCCAGAGGUCCGCCAGGGGCAUGCACAGAGUGAAGAUUCGUGACGUGUGGAGCAUGGACUGCCCCAACCACGGAGAUGCUGCAGUGUUGAAUGAGCACACACUGAAGUGGGGUUACCAUUACUUUAGCAUAGAGGACUAUGCGCGUGCCGUCCAUAUUCUCCUGUCUGGGCAUGGCAGCGGAAUCGACGUUGACUUCAGCACACGGAGGCUCGUUGGUAUAGGUCAUUCCAUGGGAGCAGUCGCGUUGACGCUCUGCAUGACUUACUGGCCGAAACCCAAAAUUCAGUCUUUCGUGUUGAUAGAGCCCAUGACCACGCCAUCCGGAGACUUUGAACUCCCUCAAAACUUCAAGGCUGCUCUCAUCGCAGGGGCAGAAAAGCGGCGCGACGUAUUCCCAUCUCGCGAGGAGGCGUUUGCAUGGCUCCGAUCUCGUGCCAACUUCAAAGCUUGGAAUCCCAGAGUGCUUCAGAUUUAUAUGACGCAUGGCAUGCGGGACUUGCCAACGGCGGAGUACCCAGACAAGACGGAAGGCGUUACCCUGAAGUGCACAAAGGACCAAGAAGCCGCAUGCUAUCGCGAUCAAGACAACGCAGCUCGCGUCCGCGGAUAUAACUAUCUCUCCGUCCUUAGUGCCACAAACCCUGUGCAUAUGAUAUAUGGUGACGUCGACGACUACAUUAGACCGAGGAGAAUCAAAGAUCACGUGCUCUCUGCGGGGACGCAGGGCCUGCAGACGUCUACUACGUUCGUUGAGGGUGCGGGGCAUCUGAUCUUGCAAACUCAUCCCGACAAGCUGGCAGAUGCCAUUUGGUCUGUAUUGGAUGGACGGCCUCUUGACGUGAGAGAGAGGAGUUUUUUGUAG